UUUCUCUUUUCAUACAAGAAAUGGGCCACUACGUGGCUUUAAGCCGUUACGGACGCUGCCAAUAUAGUCGACAGAAGCAGGCCACCUUCACUCUAUUACUUCCUUUUUCUUUUAUUUCUUUCUCUGUACAACAGAGAAAUCAAAUGCGGUGGUGGUGGCUCAACUGCGCUGCUUCGUCCUUAAUGCUGACUCUCCUCUUUGUAGCAAUAGGUUUCGGCGAGGCGGUCGCGGGGUUUAGUACUCGGAUGGGAGGAGGCUCGAGCUUAGAUUCGUCUGGAGAGAGAUGGGGAUACAGGCAGUCAAACAAUGGGUGCUUCCUGGCCGGUGGUGAGGAGGAGGAGCUCGCGAUGGACUCGGAGAUCAACAGCAGGAUCUUGGCGGAAACAACGAAUAACAGGGACGAUUAUAUCAGCUACAGAGCAUUGGAAAAAGGAAGCACCCCAUGUUCAGAGAGGGGAGCACCUUACUCACAUUGCCGACCGGAAGCUAAGGAGCAUCCUUACAACCGUGGUUGCUCCAGGAACACCGGCUGCUAUCGUUCGUCAACGUAGGGGAAGCGCCUUUUCUCUCCCUUUCCCUCUCGAUCUGCCUGCUCCAGAAUAGUAAGAGUUGGUCCAAGAGGUGAUGUCUGGGUGCGUUAGUAAUAAUGAGCAAAGCCAGUUUCAUUCGAGAUUCUUUCCCUCCUUAGGAUCUAUUAAUCUUAAGAGUGAAGAGAAUCGUUGUGAAAAGAAAAAUUGAAAAGAAGUGCGAUAAAUUAUAAAUGUAAAAAGAGAAAAAAAGAUGUAAAAACCAGUCUCAAGUACAUCAGAUUUUAUUGAAUUAUUAUAUAAAACUUGUGCCGGCCAAAAUAAAAGGGUGUGUCCGGAUGGCGGAGGAAAU